CCGAGCUCGUAAAUUGAGCGCGGCUCGUACGCGUCGGGCAGCCCCCCCUGCUCGGGCAGCCCACGCGUCGUUGCACGCCUCGCUGCGGCCCGGCCCCGGCUUGGGCGCAGAACGCGCGCCGCCGCCCCUGCGGCAGCCCUGAAACUAAACUUUCGCACAGCUGCGCGUCGGCCUCGGCUGUGGCCUGAACCAGAGGGCGCCGCCGCCCCCGCCAGCCUGAAACUAAACUUUCGCACGCCAUGCCGCCGGGCCGCAAGCCGGAGCCGGUCGCCACGGCCGCGGCCAUCGCCGCCAUCGUCGAGGAGACCCAUCAAAAGGAGUACCGGCCCAUCCUCCAGGCGUUGGACGUGCGGCUCGCCGCGACGCGCGAGGGCCAAAAGAAGGAAAGGUACCGCGUCUUGGUCAGCGACGGCACGCACUUUUUGAGAUGCAUCGCCGCGGAGGCGCUGGCGCCGCUUUGUGCGGAGACUGGCACUCUCAAAAAGGGCUGCCUGAUCCAGCUGAAGCAGUGGCGCGUCACUCGCAUCCAGACGCGAGCGGUCAUUGUGCUGCUGGACGUGGAAGUUGUCUGUGGCCCCUUGGCGAAGAUCGGCGCGCCGGUGAACUACGCGGCCCCCGAGGAGAUCAAGAAGGAGCAACUUAAACAAUCGUCGUCCCAGGGCUACCAGGAUUUGGCCGAGGACGUGGUGUUGGGCAUCGCGCGGGCCAUGGGCGCCAUGCGGCCCGGCGGCCCGUCGCAGGCGGGGGCCGGGCCCACGGCGCAGCGCGAGAUCACCUCCAAAAGCUACCAGAUGGACAUUGCGCGGGACGUCGCGGCCCUGGACGCGGCGCUCGACGCCGGCAUCGCGCGGCCGCGGGACGCGGACUGCGCGGCGCGAGCGGCGAAUGUCAGGGACGCCGCGGCUGCGGGUGCGCCCGCGGGCACGUCGGAGAAGGCCCGGAACGUGUUGCGGAGGACCGUCGCGCGGCAUCUGGCGGGCUGCCGCGACGACGCGGACCCGGACCAGAACGACGGGCCCCUGCCGUUGGCCGCGUUUGCUGCCUUAGAUGCUCUCAGACACACCGCAACCUCCGUCGACGACGUCUCCGAGGCGUCGGCGAAGGAUGCCGAAGCCUUAGCUCGGUUGGCCCGGCGCGUCCACCACCACGACUUUUUGCUGAGGCCCUCGGCCCUUGGUUUAUUAGCGUCGGUCGCCGCGAGACAAGAAGCGCGCCACGCCAAGGUCAAGGAGGCCGCGCGCAACGGCAAGCCGCCGUCGCCAAGUGAUCGAGCUUUGUUUGAUGAGUUAAGACGCUGCGCGCAGUGCGUCCUUUCUCGUUUGCUGGCGUGGCCUGAACGAGCGGCGCGAUCGCGGGCCGUCAUCGAGGCUAGUAACAAGAAGACGGCGGAAGAUGAUGCUGGAGGUGCCUUGGCUUUCUACGACGCCAUUGCUUGUGGGGAGGCUUUACGAGCUCUCUCGCUGUUGGGAAGGCUGGGCGUCGUCGGCGCGACGGCGGAUCAGACCGAUAGCGCGCCGUUAGUUGCGCUCUUGGGCGACCGGAGCGCCGUCGCCGAAGGUCUGGCCGCGACGGACGACCCCGUCGCGGCGGCCAAGGCGCCGGCCAAGGCUACUGUUGGAAGAGCUGUCGCAGCGUGUUUGCGGGCGGCGUGCGAAGGCGAGGCCUGGGAACCCAGAAGGCCCGGCGACGAUGAUGAAAGGCAGUUGUGGCUCGACGACGUCGCCGCGCACGACGGGCCCCGCUUACUGUUAGAGCUUUUACUAUCGCGAGAAGAUGCCAACGGCGUCGAGGACUGCGGUUGCGACGAUGCGUUUGAGAUAUUGUCGGCGCUAGCGCGAGUGCCACGGCACCAGGGCGCGGUCGUCGAGAGAAUCGUGCGGAGGGUGGGAGGCGGUGUUUUCAGCGCACAUGCGGCGGGCAUGGCCCUGUAUCAAAUGGUCGACGGCUCGACCCAUAAAAAGGGCGAACUUGCGAUCUUGACAGCACUGGAGGCCAUCCGCGAACGCGCCCGCACGUGCCGGAACGGCGCCGACUUUAAUAAGAGAAAGGGCAUCAAGCCCAUCAAGAACGGCGAAGAACUGAAGAAAGCAAGUGCCGAGGCCGACGCGGCCAUGGCCGAAUUGCUCGCCGAGGAGGACCGCGAAAAGGAAUCUAAGAAGAAGAAAAAGAAGAAGAAGAAGCCCCCGUCGUUGGACGAGAAGCCUCCCGUCGUCGUGGAGCCUACGCCUGAAGAAUCGGAAGGCGAGGACGAGUCGGAUGAUGACGUCGAUUUAUUGGCCUUCGCGGGCGGGCGGGCCGCCCAGCAGGUCCGGCAACAACGAGAAAAGAAGAAGGCCGCCGAGGUCAAGGACGAGCCCAAGCCGGUGGUGGAAGAGAAGAAGCCCCGCGCGUCCAAGGCCGAGCGCCGGCGCCAGGCGAAAUUGGAACGCGAGAAGUCCGAGCAGCGCAAGCGCGACAAGGAGGAGCGCCUCGCGCGCGAGCGCGCCCAGGCCGAGCAGCGGCGCCGGUCCGCCGAGGGGCGGGCCCGGGCCCAGGCCGAGAAAAUACAAGCGCCCCCUCCAAAGGCCGUCGCGCCGCCGCCGGUCCAGGCCUGGGGCGGCGCCGCGUCUCAGAAGCCCGAGCCUUCUUUUAGUUUGAAUGACGACUUUCCGCCUCCUUCUGCACCAGCGUCGCCGCCCGCGCCUGCGCGCCUCCUGGACCUCUCGGCGUCGCGACCGCUGCAGCCCGCGGCGGCGGCGCGCGCCGCCGACGACGUCGACGAUUUGUUACGAGCGGCCAUGGACGUGACACUGGACGACAGCGACCCGCGCGUGCCUACGCGCCGCGCCGCUGCGCCGAUUGGACCGCCGGGAGUUGGGGCCAUCGGCCGCGCGCCGGGCCGGCCGCCAGUCGAUGAACCGCCGCCGUCGUGGGGUUUUGGCUCAACGGGGCCGCAGCUCGGUGCCGUGGGGCUGCCGUGGGCGGGUCUGGCCGGCGUGCGGCCGGAGAAUCCGGCGGUCGCGAACCCGUCACCGUUCGGUGGCUUUUGAGACCAUCUUUUGCCCUCAAAGGGCGUUGGUUAAUUCAUAUUUUGAGUGC